AUGUGCNCAUCAGUGGGCCUCAGCGGGAGACAGGCGAGGGGACAGCAGUUCGUCGCGGAUGAGAACGGCGUGUUGCUCCGGAACAGGGACGACAUCCUCCAGCGGUGGGCGAGAUUCUUCAGCACCCUACUCAACACCAAUUUCCCCACCCUGAACCCACACAUAAUCGAACAAGUGACGCAGCGGCCAGCGACACGUGACACUCAACGGUUGGGAGAUGUGCCAGAACUCGAGGAGGUGGCACGGGCAACGAAAGGCCUCAAGAACUGGAAGGCACCCGGCCAUGACUCCCUCCCUGCCGAGUUGCUCAAGAUCGAUGACGACGAAACCUUCGUCCUGGGACACCUCCAUAUCAUCCUCGUCAAGGUGUGGAACGGAGGAGAUAUUCCGCGAGAGUGGAAGGAUGCAACCAUCAAGGUACUGGAAAAGAAGGGUGACCGGCCCACCUGUAACAACUACAGGGGGAUUUCGCUACUAUCUCACGUAGGCAAGGUCCCCAUCAAGAUCAUCACCAACCGUCUAAGCGCCUUCUGCGAAGCCAACAACAUCUUCCCGGAGGAACAGUGCGGAUUUCGACCCGGGCGAUCCACCGUCGACAUGCUGUUAGUCGUGCGCCGCCUCCAGGAGCUGGGGCGGAGAAAGUAAAUACCGCUCUACAUGUGCUUCGUCGACUUGAGCAAGGCGUAUGAUUCGGUGGACCGAGAGAUGCUAUGGAAGGUGCUGGCCAGGGCCGGGAUUCCCGCGAAGCUGAUCGAAGUCAUCCGUCAAUUCCACGAUGGAAUGCGGGCCCGCGUGCGCAUGGACGACGGAGAACUAUCGGACUGGUUCUUCGUGACACAGGGCGUGCGACAAGGAUGGUGCUAUCCCCACUGCUGUUAAACAUCUCCUUCGCCGAGGUCCUCGAGGUCGUUGUCAUCCGAUUCAGCGAGGGUGAUGUUGUUCUGCGGAGCCUGGUGUGCUUGGAGGAGCGAAAGACGGAAGCGGCGGGGGGGGAGGAGGUACCCCUUGACCGAGUACGGAGGGCAGUAUGGGGGAUGCUGUAUGCCGAUGAUGCCGGCGUCGUAUCGAGGUCUGCAGAAAGACUGGCGAGAAUGAUGACCAUCAUCGGUGUUCGGGGAGUUCGGGCUAACGGUGUCGGAGAAGAAGACGGAGACGCUCCUGACGCUCGCGAAGGACAAGCCGACUACAACAUCACAGCCCGCCCCGCCUCCACCAUUGACCAUCGGAGCCGCGGGACAGAAAUACGCCCAGACGACCGAGUUCCGGUACCUCGGUGGCCUCGUCAACGAACAUGGCGACCUCACCCGGGAGAUCAACUACAGGAGCAGAGGAGCGUGGGCGUGCCUCAGGCGAUAUGGCCGGGAGCUCUUCGACAGACCGCAAGCGCCAUUCCGACUCAAGAUCCGCCUGCUCCAGGCGGAGGUUAUGGAGGCUCUGCUGUACGGCUGCAUGACAUAGUCACCACUC